UGAGGCAAGAUGGCUACAUCGGCUUGGCUGCAUGGCCCAUCUGCUAUGCGACUGACAGAGGGCUUGGUGUCGGUUCUGAAAGAACACCGUCCAGAGUAUUUACCUGCUUUGUUGGCCAACUACAGAGAACAUGGCGUGUUCCCAACACAGGGCGCGAGCGCCGCCGGGGGUCUGGUGGGAUUCAGCAAUGCCAAACUGGGCUCGAGCAAGACCAGGUUUGAGGGGCUCUGCCUCCUCUCCAUACUGGUUAAAGACAGCUCCAGUGAUCUGUUCGAACAACACUGCCUUUCCUGGUUACGUUCCCUGCAGCAGGUCAUACAGUCUCAGGCUCCAGUUCAGACCAUCCAGCUAGCGGUGAACAUUCUGAAGGAUUUGCUACAGUACUCAUCCCAGCUACCAGAGCUGGCCAGGGAAGUUGGCCUCAACUCCAUCCUGGGCAUCCUGACGUCUCUGCUGGGUCUCAAGACAGAGUGUGAGUUGUCAGCCAUGGAGGGGAUGAUAGCCUGUAUGACCUACUACCCCAGAGCCUGUGGAUCUCUACGGGACAAACUGGGAGCCUAUUUCCUCUCCAAAAUGGACAGUACAAACAAGAAAACACAGGAGAUGGCUUGUCAGUGUUAUGGUCGCUUGCCCUGUCUGGGGGGCCUGUUGGACAGAGGGGUGGGUGCUGGCAGAGCUGAGGGCUGGACCAAUCAGAUUCACUGCUUACUGGCUUCAGCCAAUUGCCUGCUGGCUCAGAUCUACCAGGGUUCCGAAACAGAUGGAACAGUGCAAUAUGAAGGUCCAGGUGUGGAGCUGGCCUUUCCUCAUCUCGACCAAUCAGAUCCCCUGUUGCUGCUGCAGCUCCAGAACAGAUACACAGCUGUCUGCCUGGCACUCAAACACACACUCAGGGUUGAUCCAGCCUCAGCUGUUCGUCUGCCUGUCAGGCCAACACUCAACAUGGUUUGCCGAGCUCUCGCUGUGAGCUCUAAGAGCAUAAAUUUAACAGGAGAUGGAAGUGUGAGGAUGCUGGUCCUGCCCAUCAUACACACCAACACACUAGAGGUCCUAUCAGCUCUUAUCACAGCUGUACGUUGUGGCAUGGUUCAAUACACUGUCGUGCUACAGAGGCUGUUUUCUCAAACCCUGUCUGCCUGGACGCCUCUACAUGAAGACAGUGUGGGACAGCAGAGAGCCUACAGCUCAGUGCGGGUAGCCGUGUACAGAACCCUAGAGCUCUGGGUCAAGGUGGCUGGAGCCUCUUCAGGCAUUCUUCAAGGAAGCCCAGGCCAUUCAGAGCUUCUUUUUAGCCACUUGCUUGGUGACAUUACACCAGGGGCGGAAUCUGUCAAGCUCCGGGCCGGUCUGUCAAUUGAUGUGGUUCCUGGAGGGAAACCAGGCCCUCGAAGGACAAAGCCCUUGGUCAUAGCGGAUGCAGGCGGGCCAUCACAUCAGAGGAAAGGAGACAUUUUGGCCAAUCAGGACACUUGCCUUUCAGCCCUCAGAGCACUGAGACAAAUCAUACUGACAAGUGGUACACUGCUUAAGGAUGACAUACAUAAGCGCCUCCACGACGUGGUGCUGCCACUGAGUGUACGUCUGCAGCAGCAACAGUCCAGCAGUAACACAGCAUGUGAACCUGCAGGGGGUGGUAGUGGGCAGUACAGCAGUGCUGUUACCCGACGGGAGCUAUACAGGUUAUUGCUGGCUCUGGUCCUGGUCCCAUCGCCCUGUUGGCCUCCACCUCUGACCUGUGCAGUAUCCAUCCUCAGCAAUGGACGGACUGACCGCAACCUCAAGGUCUCUACAUUCUGUGUGGAGGCUCUGACCAUAUGUAAUUCCCUCCUCCACCCCCGCACUCCCUCCAUCACCCUCCCCUUACCACCCCUCACCCUGAAACCCACCCCUGCUGUUCCAGUCCUCCCAUCCUCCCAGGGACCUACCUCUGGACUCACUUUGCCAACCCUUUUAGGAGGCACAGCCCCUGCUCCUCCCUUCCCCACCCGCCACUCCCUUAGCCUUGCCCCCACUUCCCUGCUGGGCUCUUUGGAAAACCACCUCUCCCUGGUCCCAGGGCUGCCAGGUCAGGCCCCCACCACAGGAGACAUGAUCCUGUCCCCCCACACACACCACCUGCCAGACCAGGCUGGACUUGGCCCUCCAGAGGGGCAGAGACCUGUGUUUGUCCGCUAUGAGAAAGAGGAAGCAGAGGAUGUGGAGAUCUCUCUGGCCAGUGACUCAGAUGACAGCGUGGUCAUUGUUCCUCCGGGGAUGCUCAACAUGGAGAACCAGCAAGAUGACACAGCAGUAGCAGCAAACUCCCAAAACAUGGUCUCUUCUGUACCAGGGGGCACUACAGUCACACUUCCAGGAGGGGAGUGUGUCACAAUGGUGCCCACCACAACAGCACCAACCACUAUAGAUAAUGUCUCGCUUUCGAACAACCUCACCACUUCCUCCCCCCUCCUCACCACUUCCACCACCCCCAUCAAUUCCUUCCCUCCUUCCAGCACCUCAGUAGUUUCCCUGGUUCCACCUUUGAACUCCAGCACACUCACAGCUCCACCUGGAGUCUUGGGAGACUCGAUGUCUGGCAGACCCCAGCUUCAGCAGAUGCUGAUGCAGCCCUCCGCACCUGGCCAGCCUGGUCCCAUGGGUCUACCACUCCAAAUGCACCAGCUGCAGAAUCAGCUGAGUCAGCAGGGACGGCACCUCCACCAGCACCAACCAACACCUGCCAGCAACGAAGAUUCCGCUGUCAUCAACAUCAACAGCACCGACGAGGAGGAGGAGGAAGAGGAGGAGGACAUGGAGGAUGAAGAGGAGCUGGAGGAGGAAGAGGAAGGGAUGGAUGAGGAGGACGAGGAGGAGGAAGUGAGCGAUUUUGCUGAGGAGGAGUUUUAUGAUGGAGAGGAGUAUGAGGAUUACGAUGAAGAAGAGGGGGAAGAGCUGGAGGAGGAUGAGGAGGAGGAAGAUGGGGACAUACCUCCUCUGGAGAGAGCAGAGGACAAGGCAGGGGAGGUGGGGAUAGAGGAGGGGAAGGUGCUCCAAGCAGCAGUGGAUGAAGGAGGGAUUGCUGGAUUCAGUGUGGAGGGAGAUGAAGAAGGAGGGAUAGAAGAGAUUCAGACCAACAGAGUGCUGUUUGGAGAGGACAGGCUGAAGGUGCAGGAGGUGGAGAGCAUUGGAGUCUUGGAGGAGGCGCGGGCAGGUGAGGGACAGGAGGAUGAAAGCGAAAGGAUGGACGACCCCACCAUGCCACAGAUACUGUGUGUCACCGGAGGGGCAUUGGAGGAGAGGGAGGAGACAGAGCAGGAGGGAGAGGGAGCUGGAGGAGGAGUGGUGCAGGAGGAGGCGAACUUAUGGGAGCAAGGAUCCAGUGAGCUUGAGCUGACAGCCCCCUCAGAAGAUGGCACAACCAAUCAGAAUCAACAGGAUUUGAGGGCUGAACCAGUACAGGAAGCCAGUGUGAGUGAUAACCAGCCAAGCAGUCAUCAGGAGGGACAGCUAGCAGCUGCUCAAGAAGGAGACUCAGCAGCUGCAGAUCCUGAAACCUCAGCGGGUCUGAAUACUAAAGAACAGGAGGAGACAAAUGCUGAGAAAAGAGACAAAGUGGUAGCAGAGCAGCAGGAGACAAAGGGAGAAGGAGGGGGAGAGAGUGAUGGAGAGGAGGGGAAAGGAGUGAAGAGGAAGAGGGAGGAAGAGGAGGCAGGACAAAACACUGAGAAGAAAAAGCUGGAUGAUGAAACCAUGGCCUCCAUGUUGGCUGAUUUUGUCGCCUGUCCACCUGAUGACGAAGAUGGUGCCUCUGGAUCAAACCACUCAUAAACAUUUGGCAAACCAAACUGAUAGUAUUGAGGUCACCAUGUAUGCAGAAGAUACUGCUCAGAUAUUGUAUCAUUAGUGACAUUUCCGAGAUUUAGUUACCUUGUGAAACAGCUCCCUUAUCAUUCUUAAUAUCUCCAGCAGUGUUAACAUCAUAUUAGUAGAAUGUGGCCUCCAGGUUUCUUUCUUUAACAUUGUUGCCAGCUUCCAGCUACACUGUGUGGGGUGUGAGAGUAUCUGGGGAAAGAGACUUUUUUUUCAGACUUUUUACUGUAUCACACCAACCAGCUAGUAACUGGCACAAACUAGUUUUACAUGAGCUAAAAGAAACAGUACAUUUUCUACUCUCCCUAGUACUGCCACCCAGCAGGGAGGUGAAGCUCUGUGAAAUUUGUCACUCAGAACGCUAGCCUUCAUUCUUGUACACGGUACAUAUUACCCUAUGUUAGUGUUUGAAGUGGUUUUCUUGGAUUUAUAUGUUUCUUAUGUGCUUUUCAUGUUUUGUUAUUACUGUCAUAUGCUUUGUUAUUAAAAAAAAGUAAAAAGAAAAACAAACUACAUACACUA